AUGGCGAGACCGAUGGGGGGAGAUACGCGCGCGCGCGCUGGUGCGGGCACUCUCCGAUGGGGCGGUGGCCACCGCCGCGGAGGAUCAUGGCGAGGAAAACUCGCGCUCAUCGUGAUGAUGAUGAUGUGUUUCUUGGUUCCGACCGUCGGAUACGAGGUCCCCGAGGUGGAGUGGGUGCACCCUUUGGAAGGGCAGAGCGGAGGCGGCGCCGUCAUCACGGUGCAAGGGACGAACAUAGCUUCGAUACGGAACAUGUCAGGGGUGAAUUUGUUUUGCAAGCUCGACAGCGAGCAGGUCCCGGCGAAGUUCCUUCACGACGACGUCGUGGAGUGUCACACCCCGCCGCACGUCGAGGGGUUCGUGCAUCUAGAGUUUACACUGAACGGCGAACUCACGUCGAAUCCGUCGAAAACGCCGUGGAAGGAGAGCUACAUGUACGUCGCCUCCGGGAGCGUGAAGAACAUUUUUUCGUUUUACGGCUACGGCGGCAGCGUGAUCGAAGUCAGAGGCGAGGACUUCAAGCCAGGGUACGCGUGCAGGAUAGGGGCGAACCCCGUGCCGACGCACUUCGUGUCGAGCACGUUGUUGCGAUGCGAGGUUCCCGGGCACGUAGAGGAGUCCGUCACCGUGGACGUGUCGAACGCGGCCGGGACGUUCGGGACGUUCAGCGACAUCGAGUUUCAGUACACGCCGAAAGCGGUAAUAAGCCAGGUGUCGCCGAGGAUGGGAAACAGCCAAGGCGGGACGGUUCUGUCCGUGAACGGCCGAAAUUUCGCGAGCACAAACAUGUUGAAGUGUCGCGUGGGCACGAUAGAGAUGAACGGGGUUUGGAAGAGUUCCACGGACGUGGAGUGCGUCACCCCGGCGGCGCAACCGGGGCCGGUGAAUUCGACGAUCGGCCGCUUGGUUCAAAUUUCCACGAAUCAGAAAGAUUUCACAACCGGGGAGAUGAAGUUUAUGCAUCAACCCCUCUCCGGCGUGGACGCGGCGUUCCCAUCGAGUUUACCCGCCGCGGGAGGCGCGCCGGUCGCGGUCCACCUGCCGUUAGCGCACCCCUCGGAGGAUCCAAAGUGUCGGUUCGGGAUCACCGUCAUGCCGGGGGUUUUAGAGGCGCACCUCGGGACGGUCGCGUGCGUGAGCCCGUACUCUCAACCCGGGUUCGUCGCCGUGCACGUCGCGAGGAACGGCGCGGAUUUCGAAUACUUACCGCCCGGCGUGGUGGACGGGAACGGCGUCAUUGUCGAGAUGAAAGUCGCGAUGGAGGUUAUCGUCGUGUUCCCUGAGGUUGGCUUUAAAGGCGGCGGCGGGGUCGUCGAGGUGACGGGCGACCACAUCUUGUACGACGACGUCCAGUGCGUGUUCGGGACAGACAGCACGACCGCACACGUCGUGUCGUCCGCGUUCAUAUACUGCGAGGUCCCCGCGCACGACGUGGGCGUCGUGACGUUGGAGCUCGCGUCCGCGGCGUCGGGCGCGACGGAGCCGCUCGUGCGUCCAAACUUCUUAUUCGACGAGAUCCCGGUCGUGUCCUCGAUCAAGCCCGCGAGCGGGUUCUUACACGGCGGGAACACGGUGACCGCGCGUGGGGCGCACUUCAGCGAGAUUCACGACAUCGCGUGCAGGUUCGGCUCGAUCGGGCCGGUCGACGGGGAGUGGAUCGCGGACGACGAGCUGCGGUGCAACGCCCCGGCGCACGCCGCGGCGUUCGUUCCCUUUAACGUCGGUCUGCGAGACGAUUACGCCCUUCGCGGCGGCGCAAAGACAGACGUGAUGUACGAGUACGCGGUCACGCCCACGCUGACGACGGUCGUGGAGAACGACGAUCGCACGGUCACGGUGUUGGGUACCGGGUUCGUUCCUGGCGAGAAGGUGUACUGCGACUUAGGCUCAGGGAACGGGUACGUCGAGGGGACGGUUCAGGACGAGCACACGAUUCUUUGCGCGACCGGCCUCGGCGGCGCCGCCGUCGUCGCGGGGAACAUCACCGUGAACGACGAGGACGGGAACAGCGUGUUGACGCCGCUGAGCACGGACGCGAGCGAAGUCAGCACGAUCGCGCUCGCGCCGACGUCUAUCGACAAGGUGACGCCGACCGGGCCGCGAUCGGGCGGGACGACGGUCGUCGUGCACGGUGAGAACUUCACCCCCACGGCGCUGUGCAGGUUUGGCACGAGCCCUCCCGUCGCCGCGGCGUUCGUGUCUUCGAAACAGAUCGUGUGUGAAUCCCCGUCGCAUAAAUCCGACGGUGGCGUGACUUUAGAAGUCUCCAACGACGGCUACGAUUGGACGUCCGCUGGGUACGUGUUUGCAUAUCAAACCCCCGCGUCGCUGUCUUCCGUGACGCCGCGGCAAGGCUCAAUCACGGGCGGGUCUUUACUCCGCCUGAGCGGGUCGAACAUGACGAACACGGACGUUUUGUCGUGCCGAGUCGGGACGAUAUCUCACAUCGCGUCGAGGUGGCUCUUCGCGACGACGACGUCGUGCCAUCUUCCCGCGCACAGCGUCGGUUUGGUCCCGCUCGGGUUACAAACGCACGUCGCGGACCAUUUCAUGUACGACGUGUUCUUCGACUACACUCCGCCGCCGAACAUUUCGUCCGUGUACCCUACUAGAGGAGCGGUCACGGGCGGAACGCGGGUGACGUUGGCGGGGGUGAACCUCCCGCCCACCGGGCGGGUCGUGUGCCGGUUCGGAGCGACCCCGGUGACGGCGCUGCAGCGAACGUCCACGCAGGUCGUGUGCUCGACCCCGGCGCUGAGACCUGGAAUGUCCACGGUUGAAAUUUCCGUGAACAAGCAAGACUUCACGCUGACCGGGUUGCAGUUUGAAUACGUCGCGUCGCCGAUGAUGCUGACGGUGACGCCGAAGACUGGACCGACGGUCGGAGGGACCGUGAUCGCGGUGCAAGGCGAUCACUUCACCGCGGACGCGAGUGAAAUCGGGACAAGCUGCGUGUUUUCAAACUACACCAGGGGUGAAAUCACGUACGUGAUAUCCUCGCGGUUGCUCCGGUGCGAAGUCCCGUCUAGCGCGCCGCUAGGGAACGCGUACGUCGGACUUUCCGUGAACGAUCUGGACACCACGUCAGAGAUGCAGACGUUCCGUUACCUUCCCCCGCCGGACAUCGAAGCCGUGUAUCCGCUCGCGGGAAGCGAGGCUGGGGGUGGCGUCGCCGUCGUGCACGGGACGUUUUUGUUCGACUCCGAUCAAGUCGCGUGCAAGGUCGGGUCGAUCACCAACGUGCACGCGAUUCACGUCACCGCGGAUGAGAUUUCGUGCCUGAUGCCCGCGCACGCGCCCGGUCCUGUGCUCAUCGACGUCUCGCUGAACAAACGAGAUCACACGCAAGUCGAGGUGAUGUACACGUUCGAACGCGUCAUCUUCAUCGAAGGCCCGGUUCCCACGAGGGUCCUCGCGGAGGGUGGAGGGGAAUUUUCGCUCUCGAUUUGGCCGGAGGACAGCAGCGCGCAGCUGAAUUGCGUCGUCGACUCGCAUCCCGUGGCCGCGUCUAGGCUGAGCACCGGAUUAUUCGCGUGCAUAUCGCCACCCCACGCUCCUGGAUUCGCCGCGCUGGCGUUGCAGAUUGAGGAUAACGAGCUCUUAUCCGCGCACUCUGCGAUUUUGGAGUAUCAAGUCACGCCCAUCGUGACCGCGUUGAACCCUCCGAACGGAGUCGUCGGCGGCGUCUCGAUCAUCAAAGUGUCCGGUCAUCACAUGGUCGGCCACGAGGUGUUCUGUCGAUUAGAACUGGAGUACGCGCUUCCUCUCGUCGCGCCGAAUCUGGGAGGGACGACGAUCACGCUGCUCGCGGAUCCCAUCAUGGACGGAUCCGGCGUGGUGUGUCGAUUCGGUACGACGAUCGUGCCCGCGUCUCGCGCCGCGGCGGUCGUCGGCGUCCAAGGCGUUUCCAACGACUUGUACGACGAACGUGGGAACUACAACCCGAACGUCGCGAGACAACCGGCGGCGGUGACGUGCGACGCGCCGGCGAUUCCCGCGGGUUUCACGACGAUCGACAUCGGCGUCGACACCGGAAACGGCGCGGGAUACGCGUUCCCGUCCGACCGCGCGAUGGUCGACUUCGAGUACGAAGUCCCCGCGUCCGUGCUUCUCACGAUUCCGAGCGUCGGCGCCGCGAGCGGCGGCUCCGUCGUGCACGUCCAAGGAACGCACUUUUCGCGCGCGAACCGACCGUGCGGUUUCGGAUCCGCCGCGCCUUCAUCGACGGUGUUUGUCAGCUCCGCGCUGGUGUCGUGCGAAUCGCCCGCGAGCGUCGAAGGCGCCGUCUCCGUGGAGAUGAGCUUGGACGCGUCGAACGAGCGCUGGACCGAGAACACGGUGCUGUUUGCGUACGUUGAGCACUUUCCCGUGUAUGCGAUCGAACCGUCGUUCGUGAUCGAGUCCGGCGGGAACGUCUUCAAGCUGCACGGCGAGGCGUUCCACGCGGACGGCGUCAACGCGUGCGUGUUUGGUUCUAUCGGGCCGCUGUCCGGGAAAUUACUCAACGCGGAUCGACUCGAGUGCGUGUCCCCAGCCGCAGCCUUGGGCGACAAGACAUUGUCCGCGGUCAGUUUCAAAAACGCGAGAGACGUGACGUCCGCGGCGACGGUCGUGUCCGUCGUACCGUUAGCGAAAGCGGUCGUGGCGUUCCCCACUCACGUCCCUGUCACCUCAGGUAACGCGGUCACGGUCGUCGGCGUCGGCAUGAGCGCGCUCGAGAGGCCCGUCGAGGACGGCGUCGGCGGGCUGUGCGCGUUCGGGGACUGGACGACGUCCACGACGUGGAUCACCGGAAACGAAAUCCCCGGCGAGGUCGUGCACCCGGACCGUUACAGCGCGGUGAGCUGCGAGACGCCCACGUCAUCCCCCGGGGUGGUGUCGUUCUCGAUUCACGCCGCGCGCAGCUCGCAGCCCUCGGACGUGACGUUCACGUUCUCGCCCUUGGCGUCCGUGCAGAGGAUUCACCCGAGCACGAUCACGGACGACAUGAGCGCGGUGAUUCACGUCUUCGGGGACAACCUGCCCGAGGAACGAGGGUCCGCGGAGACUGGCUUCAUGUACUGCGCGUUCGGUUCUUUCGAGUCCACGACGCGCGCGGUCUUCGUCUCCACGGCGAUGAUCAUCUGCGAAGCGCACGCGCAGGCGCCCGGGAUGGUUCAGCUCGACCUCAUCAGCGACCACGGCCAGGUGUGGACGACGGAGAGCUCGUCCGUGCUCGAGGUGACGCCGUUCAUCCGCGCGGUCGCGGUGGAUCCGUCGUCUGGAUGGGAAGAAGGUGGCGUCUCCGUCGAGGUACACGUCAGCUCUCUCCCUCCCGCGCCCGCGAAGAACGCGAUGUACCCUCCGUUCGCGUGCCAAUUCGGCUCGAUCGCGCCCGUCGCCGCGCGCGCGAGCGGGACGUCGAUGUUGUGCACCGCGCCGGCGUCGGCGCCCGGGCCCCGAGCGAUCGGCGUCGUUCCGGGACGCGGUCUGCAGCGAGGCGCGCCCGCGUUCGAAUUCGUGCGAACACCAGAGUUUACGGGUGCGGUCCCGCUGCACGUCGCGUCCACGGGAGGCUCGAGCGUAUCGUUCGCGUCCGUGUACCGAUUGCCUCUGAACGUCUUGGCGUGCCACGUCGACGGCGUCGUUCAAGCUGCGGUGAUGCAAUCGUCCACGACCGUAUCGUGUGUGAUGCCGCCGCACGCGCCGGGUAUCGUGCAAGUAUCCAUCGCGCACGCGUCGAACGCGUACGGCGCCGCUCUGACGAGCAGCUCGGUCGAUAUCGAGUACAUCUCUCCGUUCGACGUGAGAGCGCACUACCCGAACCGAAGCCCGACGAUCGGAGGCACCGUCGUUGAGCUCUACGGCUCGAAUUUCAUGCCGCGCCGUCACCGAUGCCAAUUUGGCAACGCCGACGAGCCCGCUCACUUCGUGUCGACCGCGCUCGCGAAGUGUCAGGUGUCCCCGAGGCAGUACAUCGGCGACGUAGUGUUCGCGAUGAGCACGGGCACGGGCGAUGAUCUCGUGAUGACGUCCCUCGAAACUGCCGUCCACGACUAUUAUCUGCAACCGACGAUUGCUGCACUCGACCCCGACAGGGGAAAAUCAGACGGCGGUCAACGAGUCGAGGUCACGGGAUACAACUUCGUCAACUCCGAGUCCCUCGCGUGCAGCUUCGGCACGAUCCGUCCGAUUUACGGGACGUACGAGACCGACACGCUCAUGUCAUGCGUCGCCCCCGCGAGAACGCCUGGGUACCAAAAGGACGGCACGUUCCCAGAGAACACGUUUGAAAUCACCGGGAACGGCGUCGAUUACACAUCACAGAAACUCAUCUUCACCUACGAACCUUCGGACGAGGAACUGAAGGGAAGCAAGACGCUUAGCGUGUUCGAAGAGAUGUGCUUACUUCCUGGACCGAUGUGCAUACACGAUAUCUCACCCAUGCACGGCCCCGUCACCGGCGCCACGGUUCUGCGCGUCGUUGGCGGGAACUUCGACUUCGAGAAGACGAGCUGCAAGUUCCAAUCCACGCAAGCGCCCGCGUACAAGAAGGACAACUUCACGAUGUUAUGCAUAUCCCCGGUGAACAAGGCUGGUUUCGUCGCUCUGAACUUCAUCGUCGGCCUAGAGAUCAAGACGUUCGGGAAUCAGUUCAUGUUUCACUCGAGGAUUUUCGUGACUUUGGUCGAACCCCCGAUCGUGGCCACGCGCGGCGGUGACAUCAUUCUUGUCAACGGCAUUAACUUCAUGCGCGCGGCAGAAAUCGGAGAGAUGCCGAACGAGGCGAACACUUUCUGUUCGAUAGGGAUAUCGAAGUGGGAACCCGGGCAUUUCAUCAGUAGCACACUCGUGCAGUGCGUGACGCAAGAGUACGAGUCGAGAUACGCGAACGUGGAGGUUUCCAUAAACAACCAGGACCUCUCGAACUCGAAGGUAUCCAUUCGCGUCCGAGAGGCGCCUUUCCUUACCGGUAUCAUGCCGUUCGCCGCGCCCGCGGUCGGCGGCGCGAUGGUGACCGCGUUCGGUGACACGUUCGACGAAGGCAUCAACUUCGGCCUCCGGAUUGGCACCAUCGGCCCGGUCCGGACGCGCAUGAUCAGCGAGAGCGAAGUGAUGACCGUCAUGCCGAGUCAUUCCCCGCGUCUCGUGGAGGUGUACGUGUCGCACAACAUCCGCGAUAUCGAAGGCGAACCCUUCAUGUUCCGUUACCGACCUCCCGCGGAGAUCGACGCGAUUACUCCCGAGUACGGAUCCGUCGGCGGCGGCGCGCGCGUCACCAUCACGGGCGCGUACUUUGACCAGGGCGACGACCGCCCGUUCUGCCGAUUCGGUUCCGAGCUCGUCCUCGCGGACGGACAAACCGGACCAAACGUCGUCGUGUGCAACACCCCUCCGAUGCCGCCGGGUUUCGUGCGCAUCGGCGUAGCGGACGGGUUCGAGGUUGGCAUCCCGGGAGGUCGCGAUUAUCACGACGGCGCGUGGUUCCUGUACCAAGAACCCGCGAGGACGUUCGUGGCGACCCCGCCCGCGGGCGCGCCGGGCGGCGGCGCGUUAGUACGCGUCAUCGGCGCGGAGAUGAUUUCGUUCGAGCGAAACGCGGUGCUCUGCCACUUCGGCGCGACGAAGCCCUCGUCCGCGGAGCUCCUGUCGUCCGUCUUGGCGAUCUGCGAGUCCCCGAGUCACGGCGAGGGCGCCGUCGCGCUCGAACUCAGCGCGAGUCAAUUCGCUCCGAGCGCGCGGUACGCGGUGUUCGAGUACAUCUCCGUCCCGACGCCCGUGGCGGUCGAUCCCCCCGCGGGACCGGCGGCGGGGGGCACGCGGACAACGCUCGUGCUCUCUGGAGCGGAAACUUGGGGCGCAGGGGCUUCGCCAGCGGGCGUCGCCGCGUCCUUUGGCACGGUGUACCCGGUCGCCGUCCGCGCGCGCGGCGGACACGGCGGGUACGGCUUCGAGUUUAUCACCCCGGCGCGAACCCCGGGCGUCGUCUCCGUCGGCGCGACCACGGACGCGUCGUCGUCCGCGCCCGCGGGGGAUACGCUGCGGUUCAACGCGCACGGCGCGCCGCCGGUCAUCCUCGCGACGACUCCCGAGUCGACGCUGAGCACCGGAGGCGUGGAGGUGGAAGUCACCCUCGCGAGAGGAGGCGGGCAGAGCGACGAGCAGUUCCCAAACUUUUGCCACUUCGGCCUCGAGGCGUCGCCCGCGACGUUCGUGUCGACGUGGGAGGUGUGCGUGUCCGACGCGAGCGCAUCGUACUUCCCAGCGCUGAACACGAGCUUACCGGACGGCAUCGGCGACGCGCCGAGCGCGCCGAGCGUUCUCACGAACGCGGACCUGUACGGCUUGGACAUCGACGCGAUGCUGCAAAGUUCCGGCGCCUCCGUCGGCGACGCGAACUGGGCGCCUUCACGAUAUCCCACGUUCAACCGCUUAGGCACGUGCUUGGGGUUCACGACCGUGCGUUGUGCCGCCCCCGCUCACGCGUCUGGGUUCGUGCAAGUGACCGUGGACGCGUCGAACGCGCCUCCUCCGGGUGUCGGCGGGCGUUCAUUCGAGUUUGCAACCGCGCCGGAUUUGCACGCGGUGACGCCUUCGGAAGGCAAGCACACCGGCGGGACGGUCGUGCGGUUCAUCGGCGAUCACCUGCACUCCGCGAGCGCGUGCAAGCACGGCGUCUUCAGCGACAGCCGGCUACACUUUGCGUACCAAGAGCACGCGAGCGUGUACGCGUUUUCGCCGCCGCACGCGCGAACGGACGGGUCCUCGCUCGUGCGCGUCUUCGGCGAGCACCUCAUCGGGGACUCCACGCUGUGCGGAUUCGGCAGCUCGGAGACGACGACGGCGACGUUCGUGACGUCGACGAUGAUCAUCUGCCAAACUCCCGCGCACGAAGCGGGCGGCGUCGUCACGGAAGUCAGCGUCAGCGACAACGGGCAGACGUUCACGAGCAGCGGACGCGUGUUUGAAUUCGUGGAGACGAUCGCCGUCCGCGGCGUCGACCCCGCGGACGGCCCGAAACAGGGCGGCACGAUCGUGAACGUGCAGACGGAGUCGUUAGAUGGGAGAAACACGCUCGGAUGCAAAUUCGGCUCGAUCGCGCCGGUGUCCGCGCGGAAGUCCUCGCAAGAGAACGUCCUGCAGUGCAUGAGCCCGUCGCGCGACGUGGGCUUCGCGAACCUCGAAAUCACGGACAACGGCGUCGAGUACACGGACUCGUUCACGCGGUUCCAGUACUGGCCGACCGCGGACGUCCUCGCGGUGGAGCCGUCCGCGGGUCCGAUCACCGGCGGCACGGUCGUCACGAUCACCGGUCACGGCGUCAUGGACGCGGUGCAGUGCCGCUUCGGCACCGAGGUUGUCGACGGCGCGUUUGUCGCCGCGGCGAACGACCUCCGCGGGACGCAGGCGCACACCGCGAUGGACGCCGACGCGGAAAUCGGCACGCUGCUGGAUUACACCCCACGUCGCGCGCAGCCGCAGUGGCACAACACCGCGCGCGUCGUGUGCACAGCGCCGCCGUUGACGCCCGGCCACACGACCGUAGAGAUCAGCAACAAGAACGGCGGCUUCCACCGCACGUUGAAAGCGUUCGACUUUGAGUACCACGUCCACGCCGACGUGCGCGCGCUCUCGCCGACGGCGGCGCCGACGCGCGGCGGCUCGCUCGUUCGCGUCUACGGCGAGCAUCUCGCGGGCGCGGGCCCAGUGUGCGGCGUCGGCGACGCGGCACCGGUGACCGCGUACGCGGUGUCCUCCGCGAUUCUCGUGUGCGAGACCCCCGGGCAUCCCGUGGGCGUCGUCGUCGCGGAGGUGAGCGUCAGCGACGAAGGCCGGGUGUUCACGUCGAGCGGCGUGCUCUUCGAGUUUGAACACGCGCCCGCGGUGAGAGCGGUCGAACCCGCGGCGGGGCCGCUCGAGGGCGGGACCGUCGUGACCGUGCACGUCGACCUCGUCAACCACAAGCUCAUGGGAUGCAAGUUCGGCUCUAUCGCCCCCGUGCACGCGAGGGAGGUGGACAACGUCAUGCAAUGCGUCAGCCCGACGCACGCCGCGGGCGCGGCGCAGUUUGAGCUCACCGGGAACAUGCUCGACUACACGAACACGGAGAGCGUUUUCCAGUUCAUGGACAAGUCCGCGGUGUUGGACGUGUACCCGACGUCCGGUCCGAUGCAAGGCGGGACGGAGAUCAUCGCGAUGGUUGAGUCCCAUGGAUCGAACCUUCCCGCGUGCACGUUCGGCGGCGCGAUGGUGCAAGGCACGGUGAUCGAAAAUUUCGAGAUUUGCUACUCGCGACGCAUCUCGGAUAACAUCCUGCACUUCCCAGGCGAUUUGGACGCGGCGUCGCUCGACAUGCUCGCGUCCUCGUCCAAAUACACCGCGGACAACGCGGUAGACUACAAGUGUUUGGGGUACGCGACGAUCCGAUGCAUCUCCCCCCCGUCGACCGCCGGGACCGUCUCGUUCAACUACGGAAACGAUCUCGUCAACGGCGGCGGCCGUCGCGGCGGCCACGCGAAUCUCAACGCCCCGGCCGUGGACGUGAGCUUCUCGUUCGAAGUCGCCGCGGAGUCUUCGCUCGUCGUCGGCGGCGCGUACGUCACGAUUUACGGGCAAGGUUUCAACGCGAACAUGGAGUGCCGGUUCGGGGACGAAACGACGCCCGCAUCGGGCGUCAUGGCCGUCGACGGCAUCACGGAAACGUGCGUGAACAAAGCGCAAGCGAUCGUGCCGAACGGCAUCGACCACGUCGUCACGAAGUACCUUCACGUGUGCGUAGGGUGGUCCGCGGUCGCGUGCGAGACGCCGAGGUUCGCCGCAGGUUGGACGUCGUUGGAGUUGCGAAUGGGCGACGGCGAGAUCUUCACCGAGGCGCUGACGUUCCACUUCGAGUCCCGACCGGAAGUUGACCUCCUGUCGCCGUCCUCUGGUCCCGCGUCCGGGAGCACGGUCGUGUACCUGUCCGGACGGCACAUGGUUGGCGCGAUUUCGCCGCUGUGCCGCUUCGGCGCGGCGCCGCCUUCCAGCGCCGGUUUCGUCUCCUCCGCGCUCGCGAAGUGCGAAUCCGUCGACCACGACGAAGGCUUGGUCGAAGUCGAGACGAGCGCGAACGAGCACGAUCAUCACUUCAGCGUCAGCGGCGCGUCGUUCGAGUUCACGACGACGCCGAGGCUUCUCGCGCUUUUAACGCGGACGGCCGGCGGCGAACGCGGCGGGACGCUUCUCCGCGUCUCGUUGACGAACACGGACGAACCGAGCGCGUUGGACUGCAGGGUCGGGACGUUUUCCCCGGUGGCGUCGCGCGAGGUUUCCACGCAGGCGAUCGAGUGCACGACGCCCGCGCACGCGCCCGGUCCCGUCGCGAUCGAAGUCAGCGGGAACAUCGUGGAUUUCACGUCGGACGAGCUCGCGUUUACGUACGAGAGGACGAUAUCCGUGAUGUCGGUGCACCCGGCUGCGUCCGCGACGAGCGGCGGCGCGGAGGUUCUCGUGCGAGGCACCGCGUUCGUGCCGUCGAUGGAGUGCAGGUUCGACGACGUCGUCGUUCCCGCGGUGAUCGUCGGUGCUUUAGACGGCGGAGAGAUAUGCCGUCUGAAGACGUGCAUCGGGUGGCAGACGGCUUCGUGCUUCACCCCGCCCGUCGCCGUCGGUGGCUACAAAUCGUUCCAAAUUUCCUCCGGCGACGGCGAAAACAUCGAGAACGACGUCGACUUCGUCUUCGAGGUCGAGCCCAGAAUCACGAGCGCGAACCCUCCGUUCGGUACCGUGUCAGGGAGCACGGUCGUCACCCUGGGGGGGAUCCACAUCACGGACCGCAACGCGCCGCUGUGCAGGUUUGGAAACACGCCGCCGUUCGCGCUCGAUUUCGUGUCUUCCGCGAUGAUCAAAUGCGAAGCCCCCGCGCACGAGGAGGGCAUGGUCGACGUCGAAGUCAGCGUCAGCGACGGUGGGCAGUCCUACUCCAAGUCGCUGAUAUCGUUCGGGUACGUCGCGCACCCGUACGUCCUGGGCGUCGAACCCGCCGAGGGAGUCGAGAGCGGCGGCUCGCUCGUCCGGGUCAUGGGCGCCGCGUUCGCCAACGACGGCGUGACGCGCGUCGGGACGACGAUGAUCGCAACGCGUUGGCUCUCCGACGAGCUCGGGGAGAUCUUAACCCCCGCGCAGAAGAUCGGACACGCCCGCGUUCCGGUCGAGGUCAACCCCAUGACCGGUGGCUCGAACUCGUGGACGUCGAACGGCGUCGCGUACACGUACACGAUCCCGACGACGCUCGCGGGCGCGGACUGGGACGUGAGCUCCGUCGCCGGCGGCGGCGUCGUGACGCUGUACGGCGCCGGCCUCUUCCGCGAGGGCGGCGACCGGCUACAGUGCCGGUUCGGUGACAGGCACGUGGACGCGUUCCCGCCGCCGCGCCUGCCGAAAGGCCAUCCCGGCGUCCUCCCCGAAGAAGUGUGCGCGGGGAACAGAAAUUACGACUUCCGGAGGUGCUACGGCCUGUCCGCGCUCUCGUGCGCGGUGCCGUCGUUCGCCGCGGGGUUCACGACGGUGGCGGUCGCGCACGAGGCGGAGACGCCGCCGCGCGACGCCCUGACGUUCUCGUUCGACGUUCCCGCGUUCGUGGAGCGCGCGUUCCCGAGCGAAGGCCCGACCGACGGCGGCGCGCUCGUGUUCGUCAACGGCGUGCACUUGCGUCCCGGGGAGGGACGGAUCGCGCCGUCGUGCGCGUUUGGCGACGAACCGUCGAGGGGCGGCGCGCCCGCCUUUGUCGUCUCGUCCGCGCUCAUGGUGUGCGAGACCCCCGCUCGCGCGCGAGGCCUCGUCGAGGUGGCCGCGUCCGUGUCCGACAUGGGCGAGACGUACAGCGACACGAACGUUCGGCACGUGUUCGUCCCUUUCCUGCACGUCACGGACUCGUUCCCGCCGUCCGGCCCGGAGGCGGGCGGGACGUCGAUUCUCUUAAACGGCAGAAAUUUCGAGGAUGGAAAGUUCCUCGCGUGCCGGUUCGGCACGACGUACCCGGUCGCCGCGACGUUCGUCGACGUCGAGCGCAUCGAAUGCGUCGCGCCCGCGCACACCGCGACCGCGGUGCCCCUAGGCGCCGCGGGCAACGGGAGGGAUUACUCCCCCGGCGGCGGCCUGUUUGGUUCGUUCGCGAUGUUGAAUUAUCAGACGAAUUUACGCGUCACCGCGGUGACGCCGCGUUCGGGCGUCACCGGCGGGCGAACCCCGGUGUUCGUCACCGGCAGCGGUUUCAUCAACGGCACGUCGCUGUCGUGCAAGAUGGGGAAAGAGGUCGUGAGAGCCCUCUUCCUGUCGCCGUUCUCGAUAAUGUGCAUCGCACCCGAGCAACCCUCCGGCGCGGGCACGGUGUUCAUCGAGGUGUCCAACAACGGCCGCGACUACACGUCGCAGCGCACGUUGUUCCACUUCACGCCGUGUCCCGCGGGGUCGUACUGCCCGGACGGGGAGGUGAUCAAGUGCCCGCGCGGGGCGUUCUGCACCGGCGGCAGCGGCGCCGCGAGCAACUUCACGCUCUGCCCCGUCGGCACGUUCCAGCCGCGCACCGGACAGGCGAGCUGCCUCCCGACGCCUAUCGGGUUCAUCUCGCCGGACAUCGGCACGACGGUCCCGAACGUGUGCCCGCGCGGCGCGGUGUGCGACGUCACCGGCCUCGCUGGCGUGAGCAAGAUGUGCCCUCCCGGUCACUACUGCCUCGAAGGCACGCGGACGUCGAACUUUACAGAUUUUGGCACCCCGGAACGGCCGCUUCCGUGUCCGUUCGGGACGUAUUGCGGCCCCGGGGUCACGACGAAUCGAACGAUCGCGAACAACUUCACGACGCCGCAGACGUGCUUCGCGGGGUUCAUGUGCGAGCCCGGGAGCGCGACACCUCAAGGUUCUGGGCCGUGCCCGUCCGGACACUACUGUCCCCCGGGUCAGCUCGAACCGUGCCCGUCGCGGACAUACUGCCCGGGCGUCGCGAACACGGAACCGAAGCCGUGCGUCCCCGGUCUGUACCAGCAAGAGUACGGGCAGUCGGAGUGUAAAAAGUGUCCGCUCGGGACGAUUUGCCCGGGGUUCGCGCGCGAGCUCCCGGAGGCGUGCCCUCCCGGGUUCGUGUGCGAUCAGGAAGGUUUGCCUAUCCCCGCGACGCGUUGUCCGUCCGGGCAUUUCUGUCUGUCGAACACGCUCACGCCGGAUCCGCUCAGCGCGCUCGACUUCGACAAGCUUCUGCGGUCAUCGCCUAUUUUGCUCGAUCCGAACAACUUCCGGCCGCUGCCGUGUCUCCCCGCGACGUUUUGCAUGGAGGGCGCGAUGACGAACAUCACCCUCGAGGGCGUGUUCACGCAACCGCAGCCGUGCAAGGAAGGUUCGUACUGCGAGUGGGCGACGGGCGACAAGACGUUCGCUGUCGAAGGCGACGUUUCGAGCCCGAUGUACCGGUGCCCGCCGGGUAACUACUGCCCCAAGGGAACCUACAUUCCGAUUCCGGCGCCGCGCGGGUCUUUCGCCCCCGGCGAAGGCAACUCGCAAGCGUCGCAGUGCUUACCCGGGACGUACACGCACUACGAAGGUUUCGAAGCGUGUUUGGCGUGCCCCGCGGGAUACGAGUGCUCCAUGGACGGCACGUACAAGCCGCAGGUGUGUCCGUCCGGCACGGUGCGUUCCUUGCGCGACUCGAUCACGUGCAAGAAUUGUCCGAAAGGCACGUGGAACCCGUUCCGAGGGCUCACGGACGAGUCGCUGUGCAUCCCGUGCAACCCCGGGUACGUGUGCUCUGCGGAGGGCACGGAGAACAACAAGCCGUUCGGCGACAACGUCGAGCAGGUGCCGAACGAGUUCAUUUUGCCUUGCGAAGCCGGGCUGGACUCGUGCAUCACGAUUGAGCUGCAGCCGCUCGGCGGCGCGUCGCUGUGCCCCGAGGGGUACGUCUGCGACGCGCGCACGGAGGUUGCGUUCGUGAAGUGUCCGGACGGAUACUUCUGCGGCUACGGAACCUCGCCGGAGACGCAGUUUGUGAACAAGUGUCCGAUGGGUUACUUCUGUCCCGAAGGCACCGCAGCGUCCGGGAGGUAUCAGUUCCCUUGCGCCGCGUGUCACUACUGCCCCGCAGGGACCGGCAUCAUCAUGCCGCGUUGCCCUGAAGGGACGAAAUCUGAGCCGAACGCGGAGAACAUCGACCAGUGUUUCGCGGACAGGAUCACGUUCUGGCGCAUCCAGCCGCUCAAACAAUGGCUCAUCGACGAAGCGUACGCGAUUCUUCUGCAGAACAGCACGCUGACGACGACGACGGAUGCGAGAAGGCGUUUGCUCGAGAUUGGCCCGGGCGAAGAGGCGAGCCGCAUCGGUGGAAUUUACCAACCCGGAAAGUACGGCCAGUACGUCUCUCAAGAGGCUCUCGAGAAGCUCGGGGAGCACAUAUCGACGUUUCCAACGCUUCCCGGCCGCGUGAACGAGAUGAACCGAAGGCGGUUGCUUCAGACGGACGGAACGACCACGACGGACGGAACGACCACGACGGAUGGAACGGGCGCGGGGACGAACACGACGGGGGUCACCACGGACGGCGAUGGCGGUUUAACCAUCGGAAACAGCACGUUCGACGACGCCUACUUUGGCGAGUGCAAGGGCGAAAACUUCGCUCUUCUCGAGCCGACGUUCAUCAUGGACGAAGAGACUGGGCUUCCCGCGGUGGACAUCGAAGGUACGCCGAUGGUGAAGUUCACGCUUCCCAGAGGGCACAUCGCGAAAGUGAAGCUCGAUUUCCGUUUUAUCGAUGAUUUCAUCCGCCACGGUGCGCAAUACGAAGUCGCGUUAUUCGUGGACGACUACGUCAACGACAUGAUGUGCCCCGUAGACGAGUUUGAACGCGUGCCGUGCCCGCCAUGGGACACGGGCGAUGGAAUCAACCUCAAGACCAUGGGUCCUAUCGAGGGUGCGGAGUUCGAGGAGAAGUGUCCGAAGGGCACGAACGGCUUGGAGCUGCCCUUCUGGUUCGUCGGCAACGGAGUACAGGGCGCGACGACGUAUAACGUCCUCGAUCCCGAGAUGGGGACGUUCGUGUGGAAGAGAGGCCUGCACGAAAUUAACAUCGGUGGUCUCGACGAGGUCACGUUCCGUUUCGAGGUAAGGAUGCUUCACGGUUUGUACCAAAACGCGACUCGUCGUGGAUUCUUGGAUUCGAUGUGCAUCGACACGACGUACCCGAAACGCGGCAGCGGCGAAGAGAAAGCGUCGUUCCACAUCAUCUUGGAGAACAACGACGAACUUCAGGUCCCGCUUAACAUUCCGUUCCGCGAGCCGUAUCAACGGUCUAUCGAGUUAGACUAUUUCAUGUGCACGGAAACUCAGAUGGAUCCGUCGUGUCGGUACGUCUACCCAUCCGUCACGCUGGAUUACAACAGUACGCUUGCGUCAGAAUGGAAGAUGUACACGAAACUGAUAGAGCUCGCGGAGAUCGAAGCGUCCGGCGCAGAGAUCGUGAGCAUCGACACCGCGGACGUCGAGAUGACGGAUGACGUCAUCAUCGAAGAGAGCGGAGAGAUGCACGUUCCAGACGUCCUCGAAAAAUCGGAGUUCAUCUUCGUCGAGGACUACUGGGUCGACGACCGUCCGUUGCUCGCGGUGGAUUACCUUCCGUUCUUCUCCGGUUGCCGCGGCUUCGACUCGCACAUUUAUUUCUACUACCUCACCGAGACCGUGUGGACUGAAAUUGAGGACUUCGUAAACUACGGUAAGUGCGAUCUCGUGGAACCAGAAAAGACCAUCUUCAUCGAUCCGUGGGCGCCGCAAGUCCAAGUAGCGAUCGCGGAUGCGUGCGAGGUGGAAAUUCAGUGCUUCUACGAGGAAAAUUUCCGCGAGGCGGCGGCGAACACGCGUUGGUUCGAGGUCGAGGGUGAAAUUCUCUUCCACGUCACCCAAGAAGCGGAGGGACCGGAAAAGCUUUUCGAGGCGUCCAUUCUCGCGAAUGAUCAGUCCGAACCCCAGGUGAACCUCGGCGCGUACACGUCUUCAGUCGCGACGCAAGAGUCGAUUCCCGUGUCGUUCGGCCCAGAAGAGGGCAUCGAAGUCGCGAAAGGCGUCAUCCCCACGGAGAUUGCGAUCGAUAUCAGCUAUUAUCAGACGUCUCCGACCGACAAGCGAAUGAUUCAAAUCGAGGGCACGUACUCGGAGUACGUCAACGCGAAGAAACACGACGGGACGUACCUCCUCACGAUCACGACGUCGGCACUGGGAUGGUUCGAUCUCUUGAACUUCUUCGCGUUUCCAGAGAUUUUCUACAUCGCCCUGUUCCUCGCCCUCGGUAUGAUUUCCGUGGCAAUCAUCGCCGCGUUCUGGGCAGUCAAUCGUAUAUUCACCACGCUGAAGGACCCGCCGCGGUUCAAGUUCACGCCGUACCUCAAAAUCAUGACGCAAGGACCGGUGCAAGGCAUCUUCCUCUCUAUGCUUCCGUUUUUCCUCGCGCAAGUCGGCGUGCGUCAGGUGAUGACCUCCAUCACGUUCUUCACGCAGUUCCCCAUAAACAUCGACGACUUCGGUCGCGAGAUUGAUUCCGAUGUCGUGAAAAUGGCGACGGACGGGAGAAUUGCGCUCGCGUUCUUAACGAUCGCGUGCUACAUGAUGUCGUGCACAUCGCAGAUUCUGGUCCCGUCCGUGGAUGACUCGGACGAGGACGACAUGGACCAGAAGAACAAGGCGAUGGUGAAGCCCGAGCAGUGGAAACGAAGCCACUUCAUUAUCGCAAACAUCCUCAUCAACAUUACGAACCUUGCGCUCAUGGAAUUUUCGUACACGGACACGUACGGGAUUUUCUUCUUCACCGUGUUCCUUCUCAUGAAGGUUUUCCAUCUCCUCCUCGAGAUGAACGCGGAGGCGUUCUUAGGCGACGUGAUGCUCGUCACGCCGAUCAGCGUAGGUCUUGCGAUGACCAGUGGCUUGGUCACGAUCGCAGCUGAUGACUUCACGGAUUUCACGAUGGGUUACUACCUCGAGCUGAUCAUAUCGUCGCUUGAAUUCGUGUACCUCGACGCGUUCUUGGCGAAAGUAACGAAGAUCGUGCCGAUGUUGCGGACGAAUCUUUUCCGCAGACUGCGCCGAAGGAACAACACGGCGAAAAUCACCCCGGAUGCGAGCGUUCAGGAUGACAGCGUCGUUGAGGAUCUCAUGGGAUAUCUCACCGCGUAUGGUACAUCCACGGCGUCGACGUACAUGUCACCGUUCUUCAUCUACUUUUACUGGGAUUACAACGACCAGCUGCAGCUCUCGUUCUUGUUUGGAUUCCGUAAAAAGGAUUUACUUAUUUACUUGCUCUUCGGCCUCGUGAUCCUUCCUUUCCAGGUCGUCAUGGACAUCUUCUUUUUCAACAUCCAAGAGCUGUUCCACGGCUGGAAAGUUUACGAGUACAUGAAGUACGCGCGAUACCGGUACCUGAACAGGACGGCGCGUUGGAAGGGUCUUGAAAGGUCUUAUGACGAAUCCAUCGAUUACACCUUGCGCACGGUCGAUCAGCUGUGCUUCAGCAGCCAAUUCUACUUCGUGCUCGGUCUCGGCGGUGCCGGCUCUUUCUUAUUCGUCCUAUCCCUGUCCAUGAUGCUUCGCGCGCAAUACAACAUGUUCGAGGACAUCUUGUUCGGUCUCGUCGUCGGCACUUUCCUCACGUUGAGUGUCAUCACGAAGAAAAUCGCGAUGUUCAUCGCGGAUAUCAUCGGCCUCUGGAAGAUUUCGAAGGCGCAGAUGGACGACGGCAUGGUCGCGGAGGAGGACCUUCCCGACGAUUACAUCGGCGGACUCGAUCGCGCGGACACAGAAAGGGAUGGCACGGACGCGGCGAGCUCCAGAGGCGAAUUCAGCAUGGCUGAUCUCACCACGGACGCGUUCCGACGAAAGUUCCUCGAUCACAACCGUCUGUGGUUGCUGGACCAGCUCGCGGAGCUGCUCACGCCGCGCACGGCGAAGAAGUUCCGCAAGCUCGGUGGAAAGCUCCGCGGCAGCCUCGACGACGGCGAGGACAGCGACGAAGGCGAGGAGAGGUUCGAAGGCGAAGUCAUCCUCGCGGACUCGUCUCGGUCGAUCAUGCUCAUGUGGCGUCACGAAGCUUCCAAGCGCACGGAGGGCGCGUUCGCGAAACGCGCGCUCGGGCUCUCGGACACGUCGGACAGCGACGCCGACCGCGCGCCGAAGUGGCCGCCGGCGAAACUCAGCCCGGAGGCCAUCGCGCUCAUGAAAGGCUGGCUCGCGGCGACGAAAGCUGUGCGCGCACAAAGAGAGAAUAAACAGGCGCAGAUGUUAUCCGACACCGAAGACGAGGAAGCGAACCGCAGGGCGUGGGGCACGCCGAGGCUCUCGCCGACCGCGGAGGCGCUUCUGAGAGACUGGCUCGAGCGCGCGCGGUCCCGCGUGGGACGAAUGAAAGGGUCGGACGACAGCAGCAGCGAUGGCGACUUUGGUCCGGUGCGGAUCACGCCGCAGUCCUCGCUGAUUUUACGGCAGUGGCUCGCCGCCGUUCGCGCGCGCCGAGGGGGCAGAAAUCCGCUCGACAGCAGCAGCGACAGCGAUGACGCGACGAUGCAAAACUUCAACACGAACGUCCCCGCGAGAGUGAACCCUCGGAGCGAGCAAGUCGUGCGGUGGUGGCUCCUCGAGUUAAGACGCAAGAUGGCGGAAGAAGGAGGUUCACCAGGCGACGACGACGUGGACGAGGACUCAGACAGCAGCGACCUGAGCGACUCAGGUUCUCCAGGUUGA